GAAAACAAAGAGGGAGGGGGCGCAUCUACUACUCAAAAUUCACAGACUCCAAUUUAUCAUCUUCAUCUUCUUCCAUCUUCUUCUUUCUUCAAGAUCUUAACUUACUUCAAUCAACCACUUCAAGAUGUAUGUUAAAACCUUAAUCACCAUAUUGGCAGCAUGUCUGAUGACUGCUAAUGGGUUAGUCAUUCCAGACCUUCAAUCUUUAUUCAGCUUUGAACUCUUAUCUAAAACAGGUCAAGGGGCAAAGGAUUUAAUCCAACAACAUCCAUUACUUGGGGUUGAACAUAAAGAUGAUCAUUUAUUCAACUUGGCUCCUAUUGUUAACUCUGACAAUGGUAAGAAACAAAUCAUUCCAAAUAGAUAUAUUGUCGUUUAUAAAGAUGAAUUAACUGCUGAAGAUAAACAACAUCAUCAAAUUUGGAUUCAAAAUACCAUUGAUAUUUUCAAUACCAGUGAUAAAUUAGAUGCUAAGAAGGUUAAUUUAGAUUAUUUUGAUUUCUUAGAUAACAACUUUAGUGGUUAUUUUGGUUAUUUAACUCCUGAAUUAGUUUCAUUAAUUCAACAAGAUUCCCGUAUUAAAUUUAUUGAACCAGAUUCGGUUUUUAAAGUUAAUGAAUUUGAAGUUCAAAAAGAUGUUACUUGGGGUUUAAGUAGAAUCAGUCAUCGUGAAUUAAGUCCAAAAUUAGACUACCUUUAUGAUAAUGAUGGUGGUAAAGGGGUUGUUGCUUAUGUUAUUGAUACUGGUAUUAAAAUUGAACAUGAAGAAUUUGAAAAUAGAGCUACUUGGGGUUCUGCUGUUGCUUUCCCAAAUUUAAAAAUUGAUGGUCAUGGUCAUGGAACUCAUUGUGCUGGUACUAUUGGUUCAAAAACUUAUGGUAUUGCUAAACAAGUUGAAUUAGUCGCUGUUGGUGUUAUGAACUUUUUAGGUAGUGGUACUACUUCAGAUAUUAUUAAAGGUAUUGAAUUUGCUGUUUUAGAUCAUCAAAAUAAUGCUAAAAGUAAAAAAGGCUUCAAAGGUUCUACUGUUAAUAUGUCAAUUGGUGGUGGUGCUUCUGAUGCAUUAGACUUAGCUGCUAAUGCUGCUGUUAAAGCUGGUUUACAUUUAUCAGUUGCUGCUGGUAAUGAAAAUCAAGAUGCUUCCUUGGUUUCACCUGCUAGAGCUUCUGGUCCAAUUACUGUUGGUGCCACUGAUUCCCUGGAUAGAAAAGCUGAAUUUUCAAAUUGGGGUAAAGCGGUUGAUAUUUUUGCUCCUGGUGUUGAUAUUGAAUCUACUUUUAUUUGGAGUGAUACUACUGUUAUGUCAGGUACUUCCAUGGCUGCUCCUCAUAUUACUGGUUUAUUAUCUUAUUACUUAUCCUUAUAUCCUGAACAAACUUCUGAAUAUGCUACUGGAUUAUUAGAUCCAGCCACAUUGAAAUCAAAAUUAAUUAAAUAUAGUACUAAAGGUUUAAUUACUGGAUUAGAUGCUGGAUCUCCAAAUGCUUUAGCAUUUAAUGGUGGAGGUGCUAACCUUAGUGAUUUCUGGAGUUAAAUUAAUGAUGAUAAAUAAUACGUUUAUGAUACCCCAACCCAAGCUUUGAGUUUAUGAAUAUUUUAGUGUUUUAGUUCUUUUUAUCUUAUUUAUAAGUUUGUCUCGAUAGAGAGUUAUUUUUUUAUUUUAAUAAUUUCACUCAUAAAUUAUAUCGAUUAUUCAAUAAAUGUCUAUACAAAAUUUUGUUAGAAAAA